AUGUCGGACAACGAAGAAGUGGUGGAGGAGUAUGAAGAGUAAGAAAGCAAACCAAAGCCGUUUAUGAUGCCCAACCUCAUCCCACCCAAGAUUCCAGAUGGAGAGAAAGUUGAUUUUGAUGACAUUCACCGCAAACGGAUGGAGAAGGACCUAAUGGAGCUUCAGACUUUGAUUGAGGUUCAUUUUGAGAGCAGGAAGAAGGAAGAAGAAGAGAUCGUUCAUCUUAAAGAGAGAAUAGAGAGGCGCCGUUCGGAGCGAGCAGAGCAGCAACGAAUCCGCAACGAACGAGAGAAGGAGCGACAGAAACGUCUUGAGGAGGAGCGCACUCGUAAAGAGGAGGAGGAGGCCAAGAAAAGAGCAGAGGAGGAUGCCAAGAAGAAGAAAACCCUGACCAGUCUGCACUUUGGUGGUUAUAUGCAGAAAUUGACAGAGAAGCGUAGCGGCAAAAAGCAGACCGAGAGGGAGAAGAAGAAGAAGAUUCUGAAUGAAAGACGGAAAUCUCUGGAUGUUGACAACUUGAACCAAGACCAACUAAAAGCCAAAGCUAAGGAGCUGUGGGAGUGGAUGCAACAGCUGGAAGCCGAGAAGUUUGAGCUGCAGUCCCAGAUCACCAGCAAAAAAUAUGAGAUCAACGUACUAAGGAACCGUGUCAGUGACCAGCAGAAAACAUCCAAGAGGACCAAGAGGGGCUUGAGGAAAUAA